AUGAGCUCCUCUUCGAGCUGUCUCCAGGUCGAGAAUGCUGUCGAAAUUUUAUCGAACCCCACAUCCAAUCAAUCCGUGAAAGAACAGGCCUUUGAGUAUCUCAAUCAACUGCGAUCCGACCCUCAAGGCUGGCAAGCAUGUACGAAUCUCUUCUCCCGAGCUCCGCGGUCGUCCGAGGUGGUCCGAAUGGUCUGUCUCGAGGUCGUAAACUAUGCCGUUCAUACACAGGGACUUGAUGCCGAAAGCUUAUCGUACUUGAAAUAUACGCUUCUCCAAUACGUCCGCCAGAGCUACGGCCCCGAUGCUCAGCAGGAGCCAGACCCAGCGUCACUUCAGAACAAGCUUACGCAAACCUUGACCUAUCUUUUCGUCUUUCUUUACCAGGAUGGAUGGCAAAGCUUUCUUGACGACUUUUGGGGGCUGACAGGACUCCAAAGUAAUCGGGACAGCGUUAGCGGUGUUCUCUUCUAUCUGAGAAUCCUGUCCUCGAUUCACGACGAAAUUGCCGAUAUGUUAUUGUCAAGGCAAAGUAACGAUGCCAAGAGAAACACCGAGCUCAAGGAUCAGCUGAGAGCCCAAGAUGUGCACAAGGUCGCCGAGUCUUGGAAGCAAAUACUCAACAAGUAUGGCGACAACGACGCCGUCAUAGAGUUAGUGCUGAAAGUUAUUGGCAAGUGGGUAAGCUGGAUGGACAUCUCUCUCGUUGUGAGCCAAGACAUGAUCAACCUGCUGCUGCCACUUGUCGGCCGCACCACGAGUGGGGGAGGCGAGGACAAGGUUCGAGAUGCAGCCAUUGACACUUUGACGGAGAUUUGCGGCAAGAAGAUGCGCUCGGCCGACAAGAUGGAGCUAGUUUCAUUUCUCAACCUACAGGACAUUGUUGGACAGCUCAUUGCCAGCGCCCCCUUGAGCACCCAUAAGGGGACCUCAAAGUACGAUACGGAUCUUGCCGAGGCUGUUGCAAAGCUCGUCAACACCGUCAUGUCAGACAUCGUCAAGGCACUUGAUGAUAAUCAUAUUGGUGAGGAGUCAAGAGAGAGGGCUAAGCAGCACCUUCAUGGCUUCCUCCCAUUCCUUCUACGACUCUUCUCUGACGAAUACGACGAAGUUUGUUCGACCAUCAUUCCCGCUCUUACGGACCUUCUUACCUUUCUUCGCAAGCUUGGUCAGUUACCGCAGGACUACUCUAGCAUGUUGGCUCCGAUUUUGGAUGCCAUCAUUCGGAAAAUGCGAUACGAUGAAACCUCCACAUGGGGAAACGAGGACGAGCAAACGGACGAGGCAGAGUUUCAGGAACUGCGUAGGAAGUUGCAAAACCUGCAGAAGACCAUUGCGGCCAUCGACCAACAGCUGUAUAUGAACAUGCUCAGCAACCUUGUCGCCAGCACUUUCCAGACUUUGGACCAGCGCGGGUCCGAGAUGGACUGGAGAGAUCUUGAUCUAGCACUAUACGAGAUGUACUUGUUCGGAGAGCUAGCGUUGCCAAACCAAGGUCUGGGCACGAAAAAUCAGCCAUCUACAGAAGCGUCUGAAAGGCUCGUGGUGAUGAUGCAAAAGAUGGUUGGGUCUGGUAUUGCCAACUUCUCUCAUCCCGCGAUUCUUCUGCAGUAUAUGGAAAUAUGCGUCCGCUAUUGCAUCGUUUUUGAAAGCCACCCAGACUAUAUUCCACAAGUUUUGGAGAAUUUCGUGCGACUGGUUCACCACGAUCACGUUCGUAUCAAGACCCGAUCCUGGUACCUCUUUCACCGUUUCGUCAAGCAACUACGCAGCCAGGUUGGAAACGUGGCCGAGACUGUUAUCCAUUCUAUCGGUGAUCUUUUGCCGAUCAAGGCGGAAGUCCCCGGGGAGGAUGCCGAUGACGACAUGUCAUCUGACGAGUCGGACCACUCUGCAGAUGCCUUGUUCAAUAGCCAGCUGUAUCUCUUUGAGGCAAUUGGCUGUAUCUCUUCGACCCAUAGUACCCCGGCUGACAAACAGGCUAUGUAUGCACGAUCGGUCAUGGAUCCCCUUUUCCAAGACAUGGAGGUGCAUCUCCCACGAGCCAAGUCUGGUGAUGCACAGGCUGUUCUUCAGAUUCAUCACAUUGUGAUGGCACUUGGCACGCUUGCGCAUGGAUUUUCAGACUGGAGCCCUGGAUCUGCCGCCACCAGCCACCAUCCCCCGCCUGCCAAGGCUGUCUCGGACGAGUUUUCCAGAGCCGCCGAAGCGAUUUUGAUUGCUCUCAACCAGCUGAACUCGUCCGCCGAAAUCCGCACAGCUUGCCGAUCAGCCUUCUCAAAACUCCUUGGGGUCCUUGGCUCCGCGGUUCUUCCACAGCUUCCCCAGUGGAUUGAGGGACUACUCUCGCAGAGUUCAUCCAAAGAUGAGAUGGCCAUGUUCCUGCGUUUGCUUGACCAGGUGGUAUUUGGUUUCAAGGCAGAAAUUUAUGACGUUCUCAACGUUCUACUCACCCCGUUACUGCAGCGGAUCUUUGGUGGGCUAUCCGAGCCCAUUUCAGGUACUGACGAUGAGAUACAACUUGCCGAGCUGAGACGCGAGUAUCUGUCCUUCCUGCAAAUUAUCCUGAACAAUGGCUUAGACGGCGUGCUCAUCAGUGAAGCUAACCAGGGCUUCUUUGAGCCGAUGAUUUCAUCUAUAACCGAGUUGGCCAAGACUCUGGAUGGCAACAUAGGUCCCAGCCGGCUGGCAUUCACUCUUAUGGCACGAAUCUCUGCCAUAUGGGGCGGACCGGAUGUCGCCACAAUCUCGCAGAACCCCGUCGCACCAACUACAGGCCCUGCACCAGCAAUCCCCGGCUUCGAUCGCUUCAUGCUUGAUAGAUUUCACUCUGUUUGCUGGGAAGUCAUGCGCAAUCCCAGCUUCCGUCCGGCGCAGGAUGCUCAGACAAGGCAGGUGCUGACCGAAAUUGCCGGGCUCGAACAAACUAUUUAUACAAAGACAGGGGAUGUGUUUAUCCGGGAGUUGCAAAACGGGCUAUUUCCCACCCUGGGUAUUAAUGGAGAUGAGUUUUUACGAUCAUUGACGACAUCCACUGAUAAGAAAGGGUUCUCGUCAUAUCUACAGGGUCUUCUGAAGAAUAGGCGGUAG